AUGCAGAAAGUUCAGAAAUACCCCGGCCCGAACGCGCCAAUUGUGCGCAUGAUUGUACUGGAGACAGACACCCCUCACCCGGAAACCCAAUCAACCAAGGGCAGCUUCGGAGAGAUUUUACACAGCCAUUUCCAGAAUGCCGGAGCCGAUCAUGACCCCCCACUGGGUGUUGACACCGAUCAGAGAUUCGUUGUAGAGGAGAAAGGAGGCAAGGUGCCUGCAUUCGAGGAGUUUGAUGACUACCAAGGAGUUCUACUUACGGGAAGCAUGUACGAUGCUCAUGGGGACAACCCGUGGAUUUUGAAGCUGUUGGAUGUACUCAAAGAACUGUGGCAGCGCCGGCCUGACCUGCAUUUCAGCGGAGUAUGCUUUGGCCACCAACUACUGAACCGGAUGCUCGGCGCCGAGGUUGCUCCAUCUCCAUCUCAAGAUUGGGAACUAGGUCAUUCACGGAUUGAGCUCUCACAUGUCGGCAAGCUUCUCUUCCAAACAGACGACGACCACGUACACCUCCAUCAAAUGCACCAAGACCACGUCGUGGCACCGCCAGCUCCUGAAACGUCGAAUGGAUUACUGCCGCCCGGCACAAAAGUCGACGUAUGGGGUCACAGCAGCCACACCAAGGUGCAGGGGGUUUACAUCAAGGGUCGCCUGUUCACGACACAAGCCCAUUUGGCCUUUGACGAAGACAUGGUGAAGAGACAGAUUCAGAUGAGAAUCGACAGCGGAGGUAUUCAGGACUUGGAGCACGCUGACCAAGCGGCUGAGACGGCAGAUUUGGAGCAUGAUGGUGAUUUGGUUGCUGCUGCCAUCUUAAGGUUCUUCCACGGUGAUGACGACGAUAUUGAAUAG